AUGGAACACAGAUAUAGCGCUUACAAAUCUGAAAAUGAAUUCGAGGAUGCCCCUGAAUUUCUUAAAGGUCCAGACCUCUCAGGCAGAUAAAAUGUUAGAAGACCCCCAUGCCCCUCCAUCAAUCCAAACACAUAAAAUAUUGAAUUCAUGCAGAUUGAUGUGGACUACUAUACUGACUUGCCAUUGAGCAUGAAGAAUUAGCAGUCCCAGUAUAUGAGUGAGGAUCAAAGCAAGGAAAGAGAAAAAGAGGAAAAAGCUGUAAUCAGAAUGUUUGGUAUUACUCAGCAAGGAAACUCAGUAAUGUGCCAUGUUCACAACUUUACCUCCUAUUUCUAUGUUGAGUAUCUGCCUCACGUACACCAACUGACUCCAAUUGACUUGGAAAGGAUUAAGAAUGAACUUAACAAUCUUGAAAACGGUGCUAAGAUGGUCAUGUCAAUUGAAAUGAUAAAAAAGUCUACCGUUAUGCACUAUCAAGAGAAUCAGAAAACAUUUUUGAAAAUAUAUACCAGACUUCCCAGACAUGUAAACUUGCUAAGGACUAAAUUUGAGAAUAGACAUUAUGUAUUCAGUCAAAAGGAAGAUCUCUUCUAGCAAAUCACCUUCGAGUCUAAUUUGCCUUACGCUCUCAGAUUCAUGAUUGAUAACGAGAUAGUAGGAAUGUCUUGGAUUAGAGUCGAUGAAGGCAAGUAUAAGAUUAGAAGUUAAAAUUUUAAAAUCACUAAUGCUUAGAUCGAGAUUGAUGUAGAAAACUUCAAUGAUAUACAGUGCCUGCCAUGUGAAGGAGAUUAUUAAAAUCUUGCACCUCUUAGAAUACUUUCAUUUGAUAUUGAAUGUUCAGCUGAGAAGGGUAGAUUCCCCCUAGCUUAGCAAGAUCCAAUUAUCUAAAUUGCUAACAUAGUUAAGAUACAAGGUGAAAAAGAACCAUUUGUCAGAAAUGUAUUUACACUCCAAGAAUGUGCCCCAAUUGUUGGUUCUCAAGUCAACUCCUAUAAAAGUGAAUAAAAGAUGCUAGAGGCCUGGAGAGAUUUCUUGGUAGAGGUAGACCCAGAUAUUAUCACUGGCUAUAACAUAGUUAACUUCGACUUCCCCUAUAUCAUCAAUAGAGCUCAAGCAUUGUAAAUGAAUAAGUAUGCCAAAUUUAGUAGAAUCCUAGAUUCAGUGUCAAAGAUAAAGUCUAACACUUUUUCUUCAAAGGCCUUGGGCACUAGAGAAACUAAGGACAUUAAUAUCGAGGGUAGAGUUUAGUUCGACAUGCUGCAAGUGAUUCUCAGAGAGCAUAAACUUAGAAGUUAUUCCCUUAAUUCAGUCAGUGCUCAGUUCUUAGGUGAAUAAAAGGAAGAUGUGCAUCAUUCUAUCAUUAGUGACUUGCAAAAUAAAAAUGAGUUCACAAGAAGAAGGCUGGCUGUGUAUUGCUUGAAAGAUGCCUAUCUACCAUUGAGACUUAUGGAGAAGCUGAUGUGUCUGUUCAACUUGACUGAGAUGUCUAGAGUUACAGGAGUGCCAAUAUCUUAUUUAUUCACAAGAGGCCAACAAAUCAAGGUCUCUUCCUAGUUAUACAGAAAGGCAAAGGAGUAUGAUUUAGUGAUCCCAGUAGACAAGGGAGCUCCAAUGGAAGGAAAGUACGAAGGUGCAGUCGUCAUUGAGCCAACUAGAGGAUUUUAUACUGAUCCCGUAGCAACAUUGGAUUUCGCUUCACUUUAUCCAUCAAUCAUGAUGGCUCAUAAUCUAUGCUACUCUACUCUAAUUCCGAAUAACAGAGUCAAAAACUACAAUCCAGAAAUGUAUGUGAAGACGCCAAAUGGAGAUUACUUUAUGAAACAGACUGUGAAGAAGGGAUUACUCCCUAUGAUUCUAGAGGAACUUAUCUCAGCUCGUAAGAGAGCUAGACAGGAGUUAGCUAAAGCAACAGAUCCAUUUGUAAAGGCCGUGCUAGAUGGUAGAUAAUUAGCCUUGAAAAUCUCAGCUAACUCUGUGUAUGGUUUCACAGGAGCCUAAGUUGGAUAGUUGCCUUGUCUUGCUAUCAGUAGUAGCGUUACAGCCUACGGUAGAGAAAUGAUCGAAGCCACAAGAGCUUAUGUGCUAAAUAAGUAUUGUAAAAAGAAUGGGUAUGAGUUUGACAGCCAAGUUAUCUACGGAGAUACUGAUUCAGUAAUGGUUAAGUUCGGAGUUGAGUCUAUUACAGAGGCCAUGAAGCUAGGACAGGAAGCAGCUAGCUACGUCUCGCAGUUCUUUGAGCAUCCAAUUAAACUUGAAUUUGAGAAAGUCUACUGCCCCUACCUGCUGAUGAAUAAAAAGAGAUACGCUGGAUUGCUGUGGACUAAGCCUGACAAAUAUGACAAAAUUGAUGCUAAGGGUAUUGAAACAGUCAGAAGAGAUAACUGCGGACUUGUGAAGGAAGCUGUUCAGAAGAGUCUCGACCUGCUCUUAAUUAACAAGGACAAGGAUAAGGCUCUGGAUUUCUGCAAGGGUAUUAUUAGUGAUUUACUGCAGAACCGUAUAGAUCUCUCGCUUUUGGUCAUCACUAAGGGACUUGGUAAAAAGACUAGCAAGCCAGAAACAGAUGAUAAAUCAAACAAGCCUUAGGGCUCGACCAAUUAAAGCUACCAUGGCAAGCAGGCUCAUGUUGAGUUGGCAGAACGUAUGAGAAAGCGUGAUGAGGCAUCUGCUCCCUCUCAAGGAGAUAGAAUAGCCUAUGUAAUGAUAAAGGCAGCGAAAGGUAGUAAAGGGUAUGAAAAAUCAGAAGAUCCUCUGUAUGUUUUGCAGCAUAACCUGGCAAUUGACUUUUAAUUCUACCUGGACCAUCAAAUUAAAUUGCCACUUUUAAGACUCUUUGAGCCAGUUUUUUCAAACGCAGAAUAGCUUUUGUUCUAGGGCGAACACACGAGAGCUAUCUACAUACCCAAAGUGGGAAACACAAUGACUGGACUUGGCAAAUUUGCAGUGGUAAAGAAGCAGUGUCUCGGCUGCAAGAAUGUAAUGGGCAACAAUGACGAUGAUUGUGUGUGCAAGAAUUGCCAGCCCAAAAAAAAACAGAUAUACAUCGAAAGAAAGCAGGAACUUAACCUCUAUGAGAAGACCUACGCUGAUCUCUGGGUGCAAUGCCAAAGAUGCCAAGGUUCAUUGCAUGAGGACAUUCUAUGCACCAGCAGAGACUGCCCUAUCUUCUAUAGAAGGCUCAAAGCCAAAAAGAACUUAGAGGAAAACCAAGAGAUACUUGCCGGAUUUUUGGAUUGGUGA